AUCUGCCUUGCGAGUAGUCGGGGGAGACGAAGUCAAACCUGGAGCCUGGCCUUGGAUGGCGGGUCUGCAUGGAGGAAGCGGCGAGGCAUUUUAUUGUGGCGCCACAAUUAUUGACCCCCAGUGGAUCUUGACUGCAGGGCAUUGUGUUGGAGAAAA